CCAAGUUCACCUGAAGCGACCGUACAGUGUAACAGUAGCGUCGGCAUGCGAAGUAACAAAUCCAAAAUCGCUCUCGAGUUCACUUUGUUUUGCUGUCUCUGGGAGUUUCGGGGUUAAACCGGGCCUGGACUUUCUGUGUUCGUGGAGUACGGGUCAAAAAUAGUAUCUCCUAUUGAAAUCAGCAAUGGUUGUAAAUGUGCAGACGUUUGCUUCAGAUGAUCACUAUUGAACCGCUCUCUCUGCAACUCGUCCAGCUUUGAUUGUUUGCGAAUUUCAGUAUGACGCAAUCAGGAUAUGAUAUUAAAGAUCUUUUUCGAGAUGCUCAAACCCGGUGGCUAAAGCCAGCAGAAGUGCUUUUUAUUUUACAGAAUCAUGAGAAGUACCAGCUAACCGAGGAGUCCCCUCAACAGCCAACUAGUGGAUCAUUAUUUCUAUUUAACAAGCGGGUCCUUAGGUUCUUCCGUAAAGAUGGUCAUAAUUGGCGGAAAAAGAGAGAUGGAAAAACUGUUGGGGAAGCACAUGAACGACUUAAGGUUGGAAAUGUUGAAGCAUUAAAUUGCUAUUAUGCGCAUGGAGAGCAGAACCCGGAUUUUCAGAGGCGUAGCUAUUGGAUGCUGGAUCCGGCAUUCGAGCACAUUGUUCUGGUGCAUUACAGACAAUUAACUGAGGGAAGGCAUCCUUCUGGAUCUGCUGUACUGUUAUCUCCAGGAUCCUCUUCUACCUACAGUCAGAGUCCUACAUCUUAUACCACUCAAAAUCCAGGCUCUAACUCCAUGCUGAGUGACUUCUUUGAACCUUACCAGAGUUCAUCUAGUCCAGGCUCAGAAGUUACUUCUGAGAUAGCCAUAAAGAAUAAUGGCAUGAAUGACCUGGACAGGAUGAGUAGAACGGGACAGAGAGAGAGUUCUUCUGAGCUUGAGGUUACUCAUGCUUUGCGAAAGCUUGAGGAGCAGUUAAGUUUGGAUGAAGAGAGCUUUAAAGAUAUUAACCUGUUUGGUAAUCGAGAUGAAAGUUCGAAUGAUUCAUAUAUUCCAGAAUAUGAAAGGGAGAACUCAAUGCAGGAUCAAUCUGCAGCUUCACUGCAUGGACCUGAAUAUAUUGAUCAGUGCUAUAGGGGAGAUGCUCUCUUGCGAAAGCUUGAGAAGCAGUUAAGUUUGGAUGAAGAGAGCUUCAAAGAAGUUGGUCCAUUUAGCAAUCGAGAGGAAAGUCCAAAUGAUUCAGAUAUUCCAGAAUAUGAAAGGGAGAACUCCAAGCAGGAUCAAUAUUAUAGGGGACAUGAUGGAGUUCAGGAUAACUCAAACAACCUUGAGAUUCUUCAUGAUGCAGGUUACAACGGUAAACAUCACAAGCAAUCAUUUGGGCAAGAUUUUGCGGAUGGAAGUAAAGGAUCUUUAUCUUGGGAAGAGGUGUUUGAGUCAUUUGACACUUCAUCAUGUGUUGAGUCCCAGAGAAAACAUCUGUUUACGCUGGAUGGAAACGAAAAACCUCUUUCCCUUUCAAUGAAGGGACCAAAAGAAGAGGAGCAUAGUCAUUGGAUACAUUCCAAUGCAGAUAAUAUUGAAAACACUUCUCUGUUGCUGCUUAAAGAAGCUGACAACUUCAGAUUUCCCACAUAUCAUUCACUCAGAGAAACUCAUGAAACUAAUUCUGACUACUACACGACAUUGUUUGACCAAGGCCAAAUAGGAAUGCCUCUUGAAGCAGAUUCAAGUUUGACUGUCGCUGAAAAACAAAAAUUCACCAUUCGGGAAAUAUCCCCAGAAUGGGGUUAUGAGAAUGUGGCCACAAAGGUUGUCAUUAUUGGAUCUUUCCUGUGUGACCCAUCAGAAUCUGCCUGGGCUUGCAUGUUUGGUGACAUUGAAGUUCCUGUUCAGAUCAUUCAGGAAGGUGUAAUCCGUUGUGAAGCUCCUUCUCGCCUUCCUGGAAAGGUGACACUCUGUCUUACUUCUGGUAAUCGGGAAUCCUGCAGUGAGGUCAGAGAAUUUGAGUAUCGGAUGAAUACUAGAACUUGUACUCACUGUCAUUCACAGAACUCAGAAGCCACCAAGAGUCCAGAAGAGUUGUUGCUACUUGUUAGAUUUGUGCAGAUGCUUCUGUCUGAGUUAUCAAUGGAAAAAGGAGACAGCUUAGAAUCUGAUAUUGAUUUAUUGAGAAGGUUCAAAGCUGAUGAUGAUUCAUGGAGCCGUAUCAUAGAGGCUCUAUUAGAUGGCAGUGGAACUUCAUCCGGCAUCAUUGAUUGGGUUUUUCAAGAGCUUCUUAAAGACAAGUUGCAACAUUGGCUUUCGUCCAGAUCCCAGGAGAGAUCUGACCAGACAGGCUGUUCCUUGUCCAAGAAAGAGCAAGGGAUAAUACACAUGAUUGCUGGGUUGGGCUUUGAGUGGGCCAUGAGCCCUAUUCUCAACAGUGGAGUCAAUAUAAAUUUCCGUGACAUUAGAGGGUGGACUGCUCUUCAUUGGGCUGCGCAAUUUGGAAGGGAAAAAAUGGUUGCUGCACUUAUUGCUUCUGGUGCAUCAGCUGGGGCAGUGACAGAUCCCACUUCACAAGACCCACAAGGUAAAACCCCGGCAUCUAUCGCAGCUGCCAGUGGGCACAAGGGACUUGCCGGUUAUCUUUCAGAGGUGGCACUAACUAGCCAUCUGUCAUCUCUCACAUUGGAAGAAAGUGAGCUUUCUAAAGGCUCUGCAGAGGUUGAAGCAGAAAUGACUCUGAAUAACAUCUCACAGGGGAGUCUCACAGCGGAUGGCGAUCAGCUUUCCCUUAUAGGUACCCUAGCUGCUGUUCGGAAUGCAGCUCAGGCUGCUGCACGAAUACAAUCAGCUUUCCGUGCGCAUUCUUUUAGAAAACGGCUACAGAGAGAGGCUGUUGUUAGCAUAGAUGACUAUGGUAUCAAUUCAGAAGACAUGUCAGCUAUGUCAAAGCUGGCAUUUCGUAACUCGCGCGAUUACAACUCAGCUGCAUUAUCUAUUCAGAAGAAGUACCGUGGUUGGAAAGGUCGACAGGAUUUUCUAGCAUUUCGGCGGAAAGUUGUGAAGAUUCAGGCCCAUGUGAGAGGUCAUCAGGUACGGAAGAAUUACAAGGUGAUUUGUUGGGCUGUUGGAAUUCUAGACAAGGUUGUCCUACGAUGGCGACGUAAAGGAGUUGGUUUGCGAGGUUUCCGGAAUGAGACAGAGAUUAUUGAUGAGACUGAAGAUGAAGACAUUCUCAAGGUGUUUCGCAAACAGAAAGUGGAUGUGGCUAUUGAUGAGGCUGUCUCUCUGGUGAUGUCCAUGGUUGAGUCCCCAGAUGCUCGUCAGCAAUAUCAUCGCGUGCUUGAAGGAUACCGGCAAGCUAAGGCUGAACUUGGUGGCACGGGCAGUGGAGUGGGAUCAACUUCUCUAGGUAAUAUAUCCGGAAUGGAAGACGACGAAGAUAUGUAUCAGUACCCAUAGAAGCAUCUGUUAUAUCAUCCUAACUAAUAUUAGGUUGACCCAUUCUUUAGUUUGCUAGAUGAUUUCCUGAUUUAGUUUGUACUUAAAUGGUUUGGAUUUCACAGUAAUUGGAAAGUAACUAAAGAGCUUAUGCUGUCUAUGUAUAUGCGUAGUGUAAUCUAAUAUCUGUACAUGGCUUGUAAAGGGGGGGUUUGAAUGGAUCUUAGACUUUAGUUAAGUAAAUCUCUCUCUUCUCUCUCUCUCUCUCUCUCUCUCUCUCUCUCUCUAUGAUUUCAAUUCUCUUCUUUGUAUGGCUGCUUUCACUGUAAGGUUAAAUAAAUUGUCUGCGAAUUGUGCCUUUUGAUAUU